AUGUUGUCCAGCAGAGCAGAGAAGGCGCCGGCGGAGACGAAGCGCUCCCCGGUGACGGAGGCGCUCCAGGCGAUGGAACAGAAGUGCACCACCUUCCUGGACGCGUUGAAGCUCUGCGCUAAGGAAUCAGCGAAGAUAGGCAGCGGCAUGAAGUCGAAAUUCAGCGAGUUGUCGCACAACAUCACGUCGUUCAUCAAGACACUGCAUAAGGGCAACGACGCGAAGCUGCUGCUCAACUUCCCCACCAAACUUACAUGCUGCACGCUUCUGGAAGGGAUCACGUUCGCCAACCACAAGACCAAGUCGCUGGUGGCGCACAACACCGCCAUCCAACAGCUGUUCGGCAUCAUCGAGUUCCUAUACCAGCGCAGCUCGCUGAACGCCGCCCGGGAGGAGCCCAUCAGGAUCGGACUGGACAACAACGACCUGUACAUUUACAUCGAUAUGAUCUUUAAGAUGUUCGAGACCAUCGCAAAAUUGCACAAGGUGGACGAGUCAGUUCACCUGCGCACUGUCCAAACGGUCCUGCUCUCCUUUUCGACUUCGUCUCCGGUCAUGUUAUACGAGGACAUUCUGAGACGUGGGUUCCAAUACCUCGACACGAUGCUCAAGGGAGACAGCAACGUGCUGAAGCCGAUCGUAGAGGGCGGGGUCAGGCAGCUGGUGCAGUGCCUGCUCAGCAACUCAAGGAAGCGAAAGGGUGCCUUUGGCAAGUCUAACACGAUGCUAGCGGAAUUGGGGAGCCACGGAGUGGUGAGCACCAUCUCACCGUUCGGCAUGACCACUGGAGCUACCACAGGGCUCACCGUCUUCUCAGCGGCGCCGCAAAUCUCACACGUCGACCUGACUGUGGAGCUCAUCACCUGCCUGUGUACCAUAAUGAAAGGGGAAAGCUCGGAGUUCAUGUUGAACCUCGGGCCUGCAAGCGCAGCUGAGCUGCUGCUGAUCGCUGUCACGGCGAUGCCAAAGGGCUCGCUGUUCGAAGUGCCCAAGCUGCAAACCGUCGCAAAGAGUGAAAUGUACACUGCCCUGAAGUUCGCACUCGCCGGAGCGACGCUGCUGAACGAGGGGUGCGCCAUACUCGCCAAGGUCAUGGAACACGGGUACUACUACAGCAACCACUGCCCGGAACCCGACCGCGGAGCGGCCAAGCUGUUCACCAUGUUGUACAACUUCGUGGAGCUGGACCUCAUAGAGACCUCCACGCCGGAUGGAAUACGGCGCAGAAUCGCGUGGAUAAGGGGGCUUUCUUCCGUCAUGCAGUCGAACGACAUGCUGGAUGAUAUGUUUGCCCACAAAACAAGUCGGAAGCAUCUGGUGGAAAUGCUCAACUUCAUCGUGAAACACUUCAGGAUGAACAAAGAAGUCAGUUUGGACCAGUACUUCGAGGGCAUAUACAAAUGCGGCGACGGGCAACAGCUCAUAUCGGAGCAGAUUGACAGCCUGGAGCAAGAUGGAGCGCACAAUCGCCAAGUCGGCAUGAAGGUGUUGCCCAUAUUCGCCGCAAAGCUCGAACAGGGGUCCUGCGCCAUGGAUUUCUGCAACAUGACCAACGGGGUUAUUGGCAAGACGUCGCGCAUCGUCGUCAGCGAUGACAUGAACAUGCAGCAGCUGGAAAUGGUAGAGUCAGCGCUAGCCGUCGAUGCGGUGCUGGCGGCCGCCCACGUAUUGUACAGUUGCGUAGUCGGUGCGAACAGCCACAAACCGAGCUUCGCAGCGUAUCGCAUUUUCUACCCCAAAGUCGCGGGAGACUACUCCGCGACACACCGGAGGAUGGGUAGCAGCGAUUCGGUUGGCAGCAGCGACUCAGUGUCGUCCGCCAAGGACGAAUCCGCCAUCGACGGGCGGUGCCGUUAUUUGAAUGAAGCGGGCGAUAUCCUGGUCCAGCAACUAGAGCGGAUGCUGAACACCAUGCGGUCGCCCGUGAUGCAAGAGGUGCUAAUAGCCGCCAUGCAGGCGACGCUGGUGGUGUGUAAUGUAUACGGGUGGCAAGAUCUGUACACCCGCUGCGUCAAUGCGCUGGUCGCGCACUUCGUCACCGUGGAGAACCAAUUCGUCGCAGACCACCGGAAGUGCACGAUGGAGACCUGGUCGCUGUACCUGCUGCACAUACGCUGCCUCAACGCGGUGAUGCUCAACUACCCGUCAGCACUUCAGGACCUCGCCUGGGAGAGCUUCCUGGAGCACCUGCUGUCGUUCGUGCUCAUAUCGAGGCGCCUGGGUGUCGCCAACAGGAGCCACCUGAGGUCGUUGGAGCCGCUGGAAACGGACGCCAUCAUGCCAACGUUCAAGGGGUUGCAAGAGGAGUGGGAAGCGACGCUCACCGAGACCAUCGGUGCUUUUGACCGCCUCAAGGUGCACGACUUCGAGGUCCUGAAGGGGUUCGUUACACAAUUUGGAUUCCACGUGGCCAUACCGCUUCUGGCGAAAACGCAAUACACGGACAUUUUCGCGCAACAAACGGAGUCACGUUCAGGGGUGAGCAGCAGGGAGAAGUUGGCGCUCAUACAGAGGACGCUGGACGCCUGGCCGGACCAGUUUUUGAGCAUGAUCGAAAAGGGCGACCAGGUGUGGCCCGAACUGCUGAGGGAGCUCGGGCAGUCGCUUGACCGCCAAAGCGUCCUGGCCAGCGCGGAGCCAGAGUUCCUGCACUGCCUCUUUACGAUCAUCACUGAACUCUCGUUCGCACGACAACACGACUCGGUUAUGCUGCUGACGGGGAUAGUCAUGUGCCUCACACGUGACCGAGGCGGGAUCGAACUCAUGAUACAGACCAUAUGCGGGAACAUCGUCAGUCUCUGUCUGGCCGGCCAGCAGUCCAGUGCGCGCUCCAUCGACGCCGGGGUGUGCGUGCUCUACAAAACCCUGAGGGACAACAGCGCGCUCAGCAUGGACAUCAUGAACGGCCUCAAAACCGUGUGCACCACCGUACCGCAAAUCAUGGCUCUUAGCACCGGGAUCAUCAAUUGCCUCAUGUAUGCCACCCAGAUGGCAUCGCAGUCGAGCGAUUCAAAUGCCACGAUCAUCUUGAUCGAUGUCUUCUCGGCGCUGGUGGAUGAUUCGGCCGAGCUGUUGCAGGACGAGGCGUGCCUGCCGUUCGUGGAGUCCAUUUUCAUGCUAUCGCAGGGCGCGUACAACAGCGACAAUAAUGCCGCAUUCCGUGUGGUGGCACUGGUGCUCGACUUCGCGGAGAAGAUGGCUGCCCAGAGCCACUACUUCGGUGCAGCCCGGCCCCCGCGUGCCAAAGAAGAGGACAUGUGGAAGAGCAUUUUUAAAGGGCUGAAGGAGCUGGGGCAUUCCGAGUUCACGGAAAUACGGCAAUGCGCCAUCAAGUCGUUGGCGCUCUUCAUAAAGGGGCGACUCAACCGCUUCGAGAUGGAUCUGUGGCAGCUCUGCUGUCGUGAAAUGCUAAAGCCGCUAGCUGAGGGACUUGUGUGCUCCAUACACACGCCCUCGGCUCACCAAACCGUGUUCACCGCCUGUGAGGAGCUUUAUGUGGCCUUCAAGGAUUGCGAACCGCGCUACAGAGAGAAGUGCGAAGCGGUCAUUGGCAUCCUGGUCACGGGGCUGGAGACGGUCGUCAACGCCACCAUCGGAAACAAAAUGAUGCUGCCCAACGAGCUCAACUCAGCCCUCGGGAUGGCAAUAAGCAUUGCGACCAACAUUGUCAUCGACUACUGCAGGAAUGACUUCAUUUGGAACAAGUGCAUGAAUAUCAUGCGGGCGAUGAUGCACAAGGACUUCGACCUGCUGAGGCAGAACUUCUUCAAGAGCAUAUGCUCGAUACUCACUGCGCUAAGCGAGCAGGAGGAGGGCAUCGAGGAGAAGCUCAUGCAAGUCAUCAGGAUGGCACUGGGUGACCCUACCAAAGAGGAGGCGCAGGAGCUUGAGGCCCUGGCCACGGCAACGAGCGAGGGUCGGGAGCUCUCACCCUGGCUGGUGGUCCCCCCAUGGAUCCUUUCCGGCCCCGUGCCGACGGGGGGCUCCAGCACGGAAGUGUCAGCCGAUUAUCUCUGCGAAGAAGUGCUUGGUGAUACGGUGCAGGCCGUGCCUGCAGCGCCACUGACGCUUUACGAGACGCUCAAGCUGGCGGACGACUCAAAGAUCAAGUUCACGUUGCGCGAUAAGAUACAAAAUUCGGUGGGAAUACUACAGGAGAUGCAGAUGUUGCAGCUGGUGACACUGCAUUACACUCCGCAGAUCCUUGGAGGGACUGAUGCGUUGGGUAAGGUGACGCCGGAGGACGUGCAGCAGGCGCUCGAAAAUAAUGCAUCCGAGGAACCGGAACAGCACCGAGAAUCGCAUUCCAUCCUCGGCGCCAUCCUGACCAGCGAGGAGCGCGCCAUGGUUAUGGCAAACAUAGUGGCCCACUGCAAGGAGCCGCCGCUCAUAACCUUGGUGGAGACCUACAACCCAGUGUCGAAGCUGUUCAGAUCGCUGGGGUCAAUCAAAAGCCCAGCUGUGUACGGCAUGCUGGUGGAGUCACUGAUCAACAAGUACCUCAUGGGCAACGUUCCGAAGGUCGCCCUGGCGCUGCAGCUGAUAGACAAGAUAGUGCUGUCGGUGCGGGACAUGCUGAUAAGGUUCAUCACUGAAAGCUCCGACGCCAUAGUCAACGAGAACAAGCAGGCCAUACAGGAGUUCCUCGCGUCGAAGACAUAUCGCAUUCUGAUGUGCACGGUGUUGCCCAUGGUUCCGCUUAUAUUGGAAAUUGCCAAAAUGAUCCUGGUAAAGCACACCAUGCAGCCGGUGGCGCUGAUACUCUACCAAGCGUGCAUCAACAUAUCCAAGUACAUCUACCUGGCGCUGUACGUGAACAUGCACUUCAUGCAAGUCAACACCGUUGCGUCCCAGCCGGUGGUCGACUUCUGGAGGGCGGUGGUCCCAGCCAUGCACUUCUUCACGACGCUCAACUACAACGACGAGCUGGAGACGCGCAUCAAGUACAUCAGGCUCUUGCACGCGGUGGAGGUGGAGGUCAUCACCGCGAUGGUGGUUAACCCUUUCAGCGUCGCGCCGCCGUUCGUGUACUCCAGCGUGGCCUCAGUGCUGAACCGGUUCGCCGGCGGACACAGCGCCGUCCUCAGGCGCAUCGCGCUGCAGCGGCUCUCGGACGCGGCGUGCUACCCCUUCAUCCCCAGACCCGCGGACAGCAGCCUCAACAUACCGCCACUACACCCCGCCGCAGUGCGCAUGCGCGUCGUGUUGACGAAGCACUUCUUCUUCGUGCUGGCCAGCAACAUGCACCAGUUCCUCGGCAACAAGGACUGCGAGAUCGAGAUGCUCGCGGCGCUGAAGGUGGUGGAGUCGAUCUCGACGCUGCCCAACGAGCUCAUAUUCGACCACGAGUACAUGCGCAAGCACAAGUACCUCCGGUACGUGCAAAAGCGGUCGCUCGCCUCGCUGACGAUGCCAGCACUGCUCGAGCUCCUGGAGUCGGAGAACAAGCGCGUCAUACGCGCCGCGCGCAGGAUCCUGUCGCUCUUCCUGGAGGAAAUGGGCGCACAGGUCACCACGCAAUGA